GAUGCGGAAGAGCUGGCCCCUCGGAGGCUCCCAUUUCUGAAGCGUGGGAGGCAAAAAGAGGCGGCAGGUUAUAGAAAUCAAUUUGAGCUCCAGAGGGUCCCACGGGUCAUUAGAGCCAAUAAGAGAGAGAAGCAGAGCCUCGGUGGCGCAGAGGGCCGAUCCCUCUUCUAAUUCCUGAAGGCGGGCAGAGACCAGGGGGUGAAAAGCGCCAUCCCUGCGCUGAGGGGCCCCGGGGACCGGGGCCCAGAGCAUGGCGGACUGGACAGAGACCCCGAGCAUGUGGAGGUGGAGCAGCCGAGGCCGCCUGGCCAGCUGUCAAGUCCUCGUUGCUAGCGCUGCAAAGGCAGCGACUAUAAAUGUAGCCGAGCCGCGCUUGCGGUCCUAGGCGGGAAAAAUGACAGCAUGAGUUCUGCUGCUACCUAGUUUCCUCCUCUUUCUUUUUUUUUCUGUGCUUUCCUCUCCACAUUCCCCUUCCUCUUCCUUUUCCAUCCCUGUGCCCCUUUACCCUGGCCCUUGUCCUCCUUUCCCACUUUUAUCCUCUUCCAUUAUGCCCUGCAUUUCCAGUUAUCCUUUAUCAACCCCUGUGCCUCUUUUUCCUUCUCCCACCUUUGUCUCUCCUCCCUCCUCUUUUUCAUCCUGUCACCCUCGCAACACCAGCUCUACAUCCUCCUCCGCCCGCCCCCCACAUCCUUCCUCAUCUGCAUCCUCCUCUCCUACUUUUCUCCGCCCUCGCGCCCAAGCCUCCGCCCAUUAGCCCCCGCCCCCAGCUGCCAGUCCCCAGCAGCUCAGUCCUGCAGUGAGUCCAUAGCAAAGCACCAGGAGCUGAGAGCACUGCCGGCUGUGCUGGCUAGCAAGUCUCCGAAUGGCUCAGGAGAAAAUGGAGCUGGAUUUUGAGGCUGACACAUCUGAGGGGGGCACCCUGAGACGGUCCAACAGUGCUCCCCUGAUCCAUGUGCUCAGUGACCUUUCCCAGGUUUUUGAGCCAUAUCCACGUAGACCUGGGAGGAACAGUGCGACAGUUAUGAGCCAUCAUAGCUUGGUAAGUGUCAAAGAAGAAGGCCUGGAUUUGAUGAACAGAGAAACUGCAAAUUAAAGGGAACCACAAGGAGGAAUGCAGAUAAGCCACUCAUGGGACGAAAGCUUAAGCCUGAGCGAUAGUGAUUUUGACAAGUCAGAGAAAUUAUAUUCUCCAAAGAGAAUUGACUUCACUCCAGUUUCUCCAGCGCCUUCCCCAACCAGAGGAUUUGGAAAGUGCACGUCGCCAUCCUUGCAAAUGUUUGUGGGCAGCAGUGAGGUGCCACCAAGUUCUGUUCCUAAUCCAAGACAUUUUUCAAGGAGGAGUCAGAGCCCAGUCAGGUGCAUUAGGCCCAGCGUUCUUGGUCCUCUUAAGAGAAAAGGGGAAAUGGAGAUAGAAAGCCAGCCUAAGAGACCGUUCCAAGGAGCCACCAACAUGCUGUCUACAGAUGCUACACAAUUGUCUGAUUUCAGUUCAUGGUGGUGUUAUCAAGGAGAAGAAAUUCCUGCCUUGACCAGAUGUGUGGAGCAUCUACAAAUGAACGAAUAGUUAUUUACACAAAGCACUGUACAAAAGCAAGCGUCCAUGAAGCUGUCAGUGUCUUGGGUAGUAUUAUGAGGCCUUAGGUGCCUUGGGGUACGUUGCCGUCAUGUAGGGGACAUGUGUCGUAGGGUCUUGUGGAAAUGGAAGCUUUCUGUAUGUGACUGCUAUUCUGUUUGCUUUGUUCCCGAUUCCUUAUUGUCCUUGCGUUUGUUCUGUCAUGUGGUGACCUGGUGUUCUGAUUUUGUAUUGUGCUAGAGUCAGAACCCUCUUCUUGUCCUCGUUGCCCUAUAGAGGUCAGUUCGAUAUCUCUAAGGAAGCUUUGAGGAGCUGAAAAGGUCAGUGUGCUCCUGUGCCCUCUGCUUCCAGAAGUUUUGUUGAGCUCUAAGCAGUGUAUAUGCAGUGUGACGAACAUAUACUCUGUCAUUUUUACAAGAGAAAACUCUGACUAAAAUAUUUAAGAAAUCCAAGUGUGAUCUAUUGUGGCAUUAUUUAUUAUGUAUUACACUAGAAAUAGUGUAACAGUGUAAUAGUACAAUGUUUAUGUUGUUAGAUUUCUUUUAAUGUUCAACCUGGUGGGUGGACUAUUUGUUUAAUUUACCCAUUAGAAUCGUGAUAUUAAGUGAAUGUAAGAAACAAACAGAAAAUGUUAAACCUAAGUCUUUUGAAGUCUAAAAUCGUUGGAGGUGGUUUGAUGGUAUUUACAGACUAGAAAUUAGUGUGCUUGAAGCAAAACCUCUAUUCUAAUUAUCACAGAACAUCACUUAACUUGCUGCAGUUCCAUUAUAGAAUCGGGUUUGUUCUUAUGUUUACAUUGUAAUCACUGUCAUAACAGCUAUUACUGGCUUGAGUUCCCAUGUUACUUUAGCCUGUGAAAAGCUCAGAAUCCUCCAAACCUAACAUAAACGUGCUGUUAUAAGAAUCACUCACUUGUGUGCUAUUUUAAAGAACCGUCUCUUUGAUAGCACUGGUGUAUCCACUCUGUUAAUGAACCAUAUUGAAAGACUUUUGCCUUCAUAAUGAUAAGAGAUGAGUUUUUCUUUCAGGAGAUUUGUCUGCCUUCACUCUUCUUCUGUUUUAUUUGACUUAAAGGGACACUUUGCAGUUCAAAUUUAGAGUCCAAAUUUAGGCCUGUUAAGAAAUAAUCGUUGAAAUGUGAUGCUAUCUGAAGGUGUGUUUAAAAUUCGAUGGUAAAAGCAGGAGAUUGAAAUCGUCCCAAUGGUGUGGUGAGGUGAAAGAGGCAGGAGGAUUCAGUUUACUGUUUUAGACCAACUCCUUUACUAAUGAUUCUGAGUGUUUUAAAUUCAUUCUUUGCCAUAAGCGUAUCCAGUUCAUUCUGAUCACUCUGCUCCCUACCCUCCCUCAUCUCUCUCCUACUCAUCAGUCACCACUUCUUUCUACAGAUUCCUUUGCCACACUCUUGUUUUUUCCUUUGUGAACUAACCUUUUGUUAUUGUUGUCUUCUAUUGUUUAAAUGGACUAGAAAGCUAAAUUUGUGCAGGGAUUGUUUGGAAACAAAUAAAAAUGGUAAUAUGCUAAUCCACAGAGCAGCUUUGUUGACAGUACCCCUUUAUUUUUAUAUAAAGUCUAAUAUUUGAAAUGUAGUUAUUGUUACAAAGUAAAAUUCUUUCUUCCUAUUCUCAUAUUAUAUCAUAUAUUUUAAGGUUCUAUUUGAAAACUACUACAAAAAUGAAACCAUAAUAAAAUCCUAUAGAUACUGGUUUUGCUUGAAUGACUUAUAAAUCACUGUUUUAUGAUAACUGCUUUUGGGAUAAUAGAAAGUUUUGUGAAAUGUUGACCUAGUGUAUAUCCUGAGAUUGUGAAUUUAAUAAAGUAUAUAUACGUGUAUAAAAAGAUGGAAUCAUACAA